CACGUUACGGAAGUUUCCGUGGCUUUCCCACAUGGCAAAAAAUGGCUGCAAACGGAGAAAAACAACAGGGCCACAGACCUGGGAUUUAUAAGCAGAAAAAUAAAGGUCACAAACAUGGGAAGCAUCGGACGAAAGGUGAACUUGAAAGAGAAAAUAAAGGCAGAGUACCGGUGACAGUCCUCAGCAAAAAACAGAGGAGAGAGCAAAGGAAGAUGGACAGGAGGCAUAAUGCGAACCAGUUACGUCGAAAUAAAAAGGACAUGGUAUUGACAGAGAAAAGGCGAUUAGGCAGUAAGGAUGGCCCUCCUCACUUGGUUGCUGUGGUGCCACUUCAUGCCCAAGUCAGUGCCUGUGCUGUCACUAAACUCCUGCGUGAGGAAGGCACAGGGGGCAUUGUACAUCAAGAACAGCUUAUCAGCGGGGUCCCGGAAAGUUUUGGAUUACUUCUGCCUCGAUUUAAACAAAGAUUUGUUUUUAUGAAUCAGAAUACUGCUGACUUGCACUCCCUGCUGGAUAUUGUGAAGGUUGCAGACAGUCUUGUCUUUGUGUUGGACUCUACUGAAGGUUGGGACAGUUAUGGGGACUACUGUCUUUCAUGUCUCUUUGCUCAGGGCUUGCCCAGUCAUGCACUGGUUUGCCUUGGUCUGACAGACCUUCCCAUGAAAAAGAGGGUUGAAUCCAAAAGAGCUCUCUCAAAAAUAACUGAGGCCCGUUUUCCUGAUGCACGUCUAUUCUCCCUCGACACAGAGCAGGAAGCAACACUGUUGCUAAGACACCUUGGCAGCCAAAGGCAGAGAAAACUAGGAUUUCGCUCCAGACGUUCUCAUCUUUUAGGACAGAGCAUCACUUUUACUCCUAAUUCUGAAGGCAACACCGGUUUGGGGACUCUUUGUGUUUCUGGUUAUGUCCGAGGCUGUCCUCUGUCAGUGGACAGACUAGUUCACAUUAGCGGGCAUGGGGACUUUCAGCUCAGCCAAAUUGAUGCCCCCUCAGAUCCACUUCCUCUGAACAUUUCAGCUCCACGAGUUACCAAACCUGGCAAAGGAGAUGUUGACAUGAUUGAUGGAGGUACAGAGGAGACCACUCGUGUGCUAAUGAGAGCAGACCUGUCUCGCAGGGAAAGUUUGCAGGCCGAGGCAGAGGUGGACCCCAUGGACGGAGAACAAACAUGGCCCACAGAGGCAGAGUUGCUUGAAGCUGAAGAGGCCAGAAAGAACAAACGUGUAAUGAAAGUGCCGAAAGGAACGUCGGAUUACCAGGCUACGUGGAUUGUGGAUGAAGAUGAGAAUGGGGAAUUAGAUGGAGACAGCAGUGAUGAAGAUGAUGAUGAUGACGACAUGAUGGAUGAAGCUAUGGAGGGGGAUGAGGAUUUAAAUUCACAGGAGCCUACUUCAAGUUGUGCCUCUGAUGAAGAGGAUGGAGAGGAGGAAGAGGAGGAAGAAGAGGUGUGUGCCUCGGAGCGAGCUGGGGCAGGCGAGCUCUAUGAUGCGAACAUGGACAAAGCUGCAGAAGAGGAGGGCCUUCAGCGGUACCGAGAGGCUCGUACUAAUGAGAUGUUUCCUGAUGAAGUGGACACACCCCUAGAUACACCUGCAAGAAUCAGGUUUCAGCGCUACAGGGGUUUAAAGAGUUUUCGUGCCUCUCCCUGGGACCCCAUGGAAAACCUCCCUCCAGACUAUUCACGCAUUUUCCAGUUUCAGAGUUUUGAACGCACUCGCAGACGCAUCCUGACUGAGGCUGCAGCUGAAGAUGAGGGGGCAAUGGUCGGCUGGUAUGUUACUCUGCACAUUAUUGAUGUCCCAUCCUCUGUGAUGGACAGUGUCCAGUCAGGCAGACCACUUGUUCUAGUCUCUCUUUUGCCCCAUGAACAGAAGAUGUCUGUAAUGCAUCUUUUGGUAAGGAGGCAUCCCAGUAACACAGAGCCAAUAAAAUCCAAGGAGGAACUUAUUUUCCAUUGUGGAUUUCGAAGGUUCAGGGCCUCCCCUAUUUUCUCUCAACACACCUCGGCUGACAAACACAAGAUGGAGCGCUUUCUCAGACCAGAUGCCCCCACUGUUGUGUCAGUGUACGCUCCCAUCACCUUUAACCCUGCUGGAGCCCUGCUGUUCAAACAACGAGAUGAUGGUGCACAGGAUCUUGUGGCCACAGGCAGUCUGCUUAGUUGUGAUCCACAGCGUAUAGUACUCAAGAGAAUCGUCCUCAGUGGUCACCCUUUCAAAAUCAAUAGACGAUCAGCAGUUGUUCGAUACAUGUUCUUUAAUCGAGAUGAUAUCAUGUGGUUCAAGCCAGUAGAGCUGCGAACUAAAUGGGGACGAAGAGGCCAUAUUAAAGAAGCUUUAGGAACCCAUGGACACAUGAAGUGUGUAUUUGAUAACCAGCUGCGCUCUCAAGACACAGUCCUAAUGAACUUGUAUAAGAGAGUGUACCCUCGCUGGACCUACGACCCCUUUGUGGCUUUGCCUUUACCAUGGGUUAAAAGAGAGGUGACCGUGGAGAUGCAGGACUUGGAUGAUAUGGAGUAGUGGUACACAGGAGAUGCACAAAAUUUAAACUUAUAUUCUGAGUGUAUAGCAUCUAUAAAUUAAAAAUUGACUGAAAGCCGA